AUGCCCGGUCUUGGACUUUGCCCCGCGUUAUCGCCAUUACUGUGGACACCGCGCGACAGUUCCGAUAUCUCCGGAGAGAGAAGCGUUAUCGGUGUGUCGCCGACGGUCUCUUCCCCGCUGCAUGCAGUCCGACGCAGUGCCUCCUGUCGCGAAGUCGCCGUUCCUGCCGCUUUUUCUCAUCCGUCUUGCCAAUUAUCGUUUUAUUGUUACCUACGCGAACUGGCGUGCCGUCGUCGUUCAAUAACGCACGCCAUCUUGGCUUGUCCAAGCGCCCUAGCUGUCUGUGCUUUAUGUUCCGUGUCGUGCCCCUCGAUUGCACACACAAUCGCAUUUGUGGCCGCCCGUGACAAAACCACAUUGUGUUUAAUUUGCCGUUAUCGUCCGCGCGGUGUGUGCGCAGUGCGAUCCGCCGUGUUCGUCACGUGGUUACGAGCCUUCCCGUUCGUCGACUGUUUGUUCGGCCAAGUCGACGUUGUGGUGUGUCGCCGUUGCCCGGUCAACUUCCAUCUGCCCAUUAUCGCCGUGCCGGGACAACGGUAG